AUGACCACCCCCGGCCACGGCGGCGGCGGGCCUCCCCAUCUGGCAAUGGCGGCGUACCUCCCAAAUCGACGGCACUUGGCGCACCCCCGACCGGCGGUGUGCGGCCAUCCCCUCCCCGACCGGCGUAUUGGCCUCUUCAGUCAUCCCCAGCACCGGCUGCGGCGGCGCGGCGGCCGUCAUCCAAAGUGGUGGCGCGGUGGCGCCUUCCUGCCUCCCUACGGCGGUGGUGGCUCCCUACGUCUUCCCCGUGGUGGCACUCGGCACACCCCACCGGCAGCAGCGGCGCAUCCUUCCCCAACCAGUGGCAGCGGUGCAUCCUUCCCCAUCCGACGGAAGCGGCUUCCCUUUCCCCGACCGGCGUCGUCGUCGUCGAAUCUCGUCCUCAACCAGGACGGCAUGGUUUCCUCCCCAUAUUCAGAUCCGGUGUUGGGCGGGCCAUCCAUGGAGGACUACAGCCAUCUCCUCUCAUGA